AUGUCCCAGGUGUGUGUCCUGUUGACCCUGCUAAUGCUCUGUGGCUACACACAGGUCUCCUCCACCAGCUCCCUGGAGCAUUUGAAGGAGCAGUGGGGCAACUACAGGAACCAGUGCCUGGACUUCAUCAACAUAACACCCCCUGCUACUGGGCUGGUGUGUAACAGGACUUUUGACCAGUAUGCCUGCUGGCCUGAUGGACUCCCAGGAACAACCGUCAAUGUCUCCUGCCCAUGGUUCCUGCCCUGGUACCCCAAAGUUCAGCAGGGUCUACUGUACAGGUUCUGUGGUGCUGAUGGUCGAUGGGCACAAAAGAACACCAGUGAAUGUGAGGAUGACCCUGGGCAGCAGCAGUAUGGCCGGAUCCUCAGUCAGUUCCGGGCCAUGUACACGGUGGGCUAUUCCCUCUCCCUGGGGGCUCUUGUACUGGCCCUGGGAAUACUCAUCUCCUUCAGGAAGCUCCACUGUAUGAGAAACAACAUCCACAUGAACCUGUUUGCCUCCUUCAUAGUGAGAGCUGUGUCGAUUCUGGUCAAAGACGCCUUGCUGGACACGCUGGUCCUCACGCUGGACCCUAGAAGGAGCACUGAUCAUCAAAAAGAAGCAUGGGUCAAUAUACCGGCUGUGGCUUGGUGCCGUGGUGCCAUGGUGAUGAUGCAGUACAGUGUAAUGGCAAACAACUAUUGGUUACUGGUUGAGGGUAUCUACCUGCACAGCCUGCUUGUCACCACCGUCUUCAGCGAGAGGAACUACUUUUAUAUCUACUUGGUGAUCGGCUGGGGUGCACCACUCAUUUUUGUGCUGCCAUGGGUUGCAAUGAAGUAUCUGUUUGAGAAUGAGGAAUGCUGGGAGAAGAAUAUCAACAUGGGAUACUGGUGGAUCAUUCGUUCCCCCAUGCUGUUUGCUUAUCUGAUUAAUUUUUUCAUCUUCAUCCGAAUCGUUAAAAUCUUGAUGUCCAAACUCAAGGCUCAUCAGAUGAGAUACACUGACUACAAGUUCAGGCUAGCAAAGUCCACUCUGACUUUGAUUCCAUUGCUGGGGAUACACGCCAUCCUCUUCACCUUGGUCAUUGACGAGUCCGUCCCCAAAGGCUCCAUGCUACGCCUCAUACGUCUCUUCUAUGAUCUCCUAUUUAACUCCUUCCAGGGGCUGCUCGUUGCCAUCUUGUACUGCUUUGUCAACAAAGAGGUGCAGUCAGAGAUGCUGAAGAAGUGGAAAAGAUGGAAGCUGGGUAAGGACAUUGACGAGGAGUAUCGCCACACCUACAGCCACACACCGCAUGGUAAGAGCGGCAGCGUUGCUAUUGGCAACAUGACAGAUCACUGUGACAAUGAUGCCAGUGAAGAGAGCGGCAAAUCCAAAGGGAAGCCUCAUCCCAAGGCUGACUCUGUGGUUUCCUCCUCCGCUGCCCCCGAGGAAAACCUACAGUUGGUGACCUCCAAUGGCAACGGGACAUGGAGAGGCAGGGCUGGUAAGAGUAGACACCCUUUGCGCUUUCCCUUCUUGCUGUGCCGAGGUGCUGCCAGUAAAGGAUGCACCACCACAGAGGACAUAUGUUUGGAGGAGAAGGUGCAGCGACCCACGUAUGAAGGAGAAGAUGCUAAUGUCUGA